AUGACGCGCGGUACAAUACAAAGAGAGUCAGUUGAACAGAGCGAAUGUUCAGCAAGAACAGUUAAAGGGUAUGAUCAGCAUUCUGAAGGGCAGAAAUAUGAGGUUGUCUUUCCUCGAAAGCUCCUUUCGGUCUACAGGAGAAGCGUAGAGAGCACAUACCCAGACCUGGUUCACUAUGAAUUAAGGCUGAAUGGAAACCUCACAGAGAUUCAUAUUGAGAAGACUGUAGGCUUGUUUGCUGAUAACUACACAGAAAGUCAUUACAAGAAAGAUGGAACUCUAGUAACCAACAGUCCCAGAUACCAGGAUCACUGCUAUUACCAGGGACAUAUAAAGGGCGAAGCCGCCUCUACUGUUCUUCUUAGCAUAUGUAAAGGUUUAAGUGGGACUAUCCAGACCAGUGGGAAGAACUUCCUUAUUAAGCCCCUGAAGAUGACAGACACUGAGGAACACGCUAUAUAUGAGGCAAAAGACAUGCUGAACCACACUUGUGGUGUCACCAGCAUCUCCCUCCCAGCAAAGCCUCCAACAUUUAAAUUAUUGCAUGUCACAGAUGCAGAGAAGCAAAAUCUGUUGGAUGCUAAAAAAUAUGUUGAAUUGUACAUGGUGGCCGACCGCAGAAUAUUCAAUAAAUAUGGCAGCAUCAAAUCUGUGAAACAGAGGCUGUUUGAUAUUGUGAAUUACAUAAACAAGGUAUAUAAAAGUAUCAAUAUUUAUGUAGCUCUGAUUGGGAUUGAAAUAUGGGACAGCAGUGAUCAGAUUGAAGUGGUCUCCAAUGUGGACACACUUUUAAAUCGAUUUUCACAGUGGAGGAUAAAUGAUCUGCUGCCCAGAAAACAUCAUGACAAUGCCCAGUUCCUUACGGACAUUGACUUCAAUGGUACUACUGUCGGUUAUGCGCCAUUAAGUGCGAUGUGUGAACUGAUGUCUGUUGGAGUUAACCAGGAUUUCUUCAUGGAUGCAGCUGGUGUUGGAGCAAUAAUUUCUCAUGAGAUGGGGCAUAAUCUGGGAAUGAGUCAUGACAAUCCCAGCUGCACAUGUGGAGCCAAUGCCUGCAUCAUGUUUCCAAGUGUCAGCUUUCCCCCUGCCAGUCUAAGCUUUACUGUACAGGAAACACAAGAGACUGAUAUCAAGUUAAAAUUACUUACACCACCUACAUUAAACAGAAUAUAA